GGUUAAUGUUGUUGCUUUUCUUUUAACCGGUCAUUUCUGCAAUUACAUUUCUUUAAAUAUUGAAAAGACCAAUUUUGAAUAAAGUCUUCGUUAAGUCAGCUAAAUCAAAAGAUCAGCUGUUCUCUGAAAUAACUAAGAUGACUGCUGUAUGCAAAUUCAUUGCCUUUCUCGUACUGACCAUGGUCAUAAAGACAUUUGGACUUUACAACGCCGCUCGAUUCAAACCUGCAAUACAGAGUAGUACCUUCGAUAAUUGCUUCGCCUUCCUGGGAGUGGAUGCCAACUAUAACCCGUAUAUGGGCAACGGACAUUGUCAUCACACUUUGUGUGAGGUAAUCCCAUGGUGGAUGGUGGAUUUGCGAGGUCAAUUUGUGAUUGAGAAAAUACAACUAACAAAUAGACAAGAUACGACGUAUUUUGCAAACCUUUUAAGAAACUUUGAUAUCGAUAUAUUCGAACAAGACCCAAGACAACUUGCCAACUUUCCAAACGUAACUGGCCAAGUCUGCUACCAUCAAACUGAUCCUUUGGGUGCUAGCACAUUCAACUUUACUUGUUCUGUUCCAAUCGUUGGCAGGUUUGUGCGUCUUGUUAUGAGGCUAGGCUCUUGCAACUUCUUACACACGUGUGAGAUGGAGGUAUUUGUUAGUGGCUCUAGUAAGGAGGAGAUUGACUUUAAAAGACAAAUAAACAUGGCACUGACCGGCACACCGAUGGCUACAUUAAUAACCAGUGAUUAUUUUUUGUGUGCCCAGGCAUGUCUGAGUCGUAGGUCAACUGACUUCUGCACUGCAUUUAACUGGAUCACAUCAACAAGGUCAUGUCAACUUUUCAGUGUCAACCCAUUUCUUGAUUUGUCUGCGAACCUGAUCUCUGACCCUGGGACAUAUUUCAGUGUUCAAAGCACGUGA